AUGGUUUCAAUAUCGACAACAGGAGCAAGAUCAAUAUUAAGUGGUGCGCUAUUUGGUGCAGCACUUACUGCUGCAGGGGUUUAUUCUCCUACCGUCAUCAUAUCGCAGAUGAAGCUAGAAUCUUUCCAUAUGCUGAAAGUAUUCCUAUCAGCAAGUGCUACUAGCGCUGCAAUCUUCCUCCUCGCUCAUCGUCUGUCACCAACGCUCGCACCUCCCCGCCAAGCAUCUUCAUUAUCCCUCUUCCCCUACGAUGGAAAUCUCAUCGGAGGACUCCUCCUCGGUAUCGGCAUGGCUCUUACAGGAGCUUGCCCGGGUACUGUUCUCCCACAAGUAGUAACGGGCUAUCAAUCCGGACGGUUUGCUUUCGUCGGAGCUAUUAUAGGCGCAAUCAUCUAUUCCAAAAUCCGUCCCUUUAUCCGUACUCAAACUACAUGUUCGGCCCCCAUAGUUCUAGACGCGAAACCAACUCUCUAUCAAAAACUCGAUCCGAAAGCCGAUGAAAUAAAAGCAGUAUACAUUUACCAAAACUUCUGUUGGGGGAUCAUAUUACUUGCUUCUUGGUUGAGUAAAGAUCAAGAACAGAGUUUAUUGAGUCCUACUUGGGGUGGUAUUUUUAUUGGGUGUGCUCAGGGUGCAAGUCUUUGGUUGACGGGGAAUACUUUGGGUGCUAGUUCUGCUUAUGAACAGUUGGGAGAUCUGUUUUGGUGGGGAGUUGAAAGAAUGAGGAGUGAAGAUGUUAUUUCUGCUAGUUCGAAGGGAGCUGGGAAGGUUUAUGAAAAUGGAAAUGGAAACGGCCAUCUUAAUGGAAAUGGAGCACCAAAACUUCAAUCCCAUCACCCAACAGCCCGCCCUUCAAUUCGUGGAAAUCUCUUCACCUUUGGUAUUCUCCUCGGCUCAUACCUGCUCUCUCUUAUCAUCACUCUUCCUUCCCCUCACCCUGUAACCUCUCUCGGCAAACCCAAAUUCAACAUCUCAGAACUAAGCACCUCAUCCGUACCAUCCAUUCCAAUACCACGCGCAAUUCUAGGAGGUAUAGCCAUGGUUCUUGGGGCACGUAUAGCAGGUGGUUGUACAAGUGGACACGGCAUUAGUGGUAUGAGCUUGUUGAGUGUUAGUAGUAUCAUUAGUGUAUGUGCCAUAUUUGGAGGUGGAAUUUUUUGGGGAGUAGUUGUUGGUUGA